UUGGUUUCUAUUAAGAGCACAAACAACAUGUUACACUCUGACAAGCUGCCCGUGGUCAACAACUUUUUGGACGGUAUGGGGCACGAACCGGGCAAAGGGCUGUACUUCGCUGAUGGGAACAGGAAGGUGGACUAUGUGCUGGUGUACCGGGUAACGCCAGUGGUCCAUGACUCUCCAGGACAGCACCGGCUCUCGGUCAUCUCCAACGGCAGCUUUCCACGAGCAGGGAGCAAAGGAGCUGAAGCAGUGAAGGAGGACAAUGCUGAGGUUGUGGUGGACAUGGGACCAACGGAUCCAGCCGAGGGUGAGAAAUUCAGGAUCCGAGAUGAGUUUGAGACCCACCUGAGAGAAGCAGGAUUGCACAUCGAGCGUGACAAUGAGCAUAAGGUCUAUGGGCAGGGAUUUGUCCGGCUACAUGCCCCUUGGCCAGUACUAAGCAGAGAGGCAGAGUUUCUCAAGAUCAAGGUGCCUACCAAAAAGAGCUAUGAGCUGAAAGAAGAAAAAGGUCUAUCAGCAACUAUGAGCACAGUGUGGAGGAAGCUGAACCAGCCAUUCCAACCCAACAUCCCUCAUCUGCAGCAUCAGAGCCGUACGAAGUUCCUCUCUCACAGCUUCUCCCGGGACAAGCUCCACCUAUACAACAUCGAGUGCAAGGACACCUUCUUUGACAAUGCCACAAGGAGUCGAAUUGUGUAUGAAAUCCUUAGACGCACUGCCUGCACACGGACCUGCCAAACCAUGGGUAUCACUACAUUAAUAGCUAAAGGGGUAUAUGACUCUGCUUUCCCUCUGCAUGAUGGAGACUUCCACGACUCCAGGCAAGGAGAAGAGAAGAAUGAGAGACAACUAUUACAUGAUGAAUGGGCCAGAUAUGGAGCAUUUUAUAAAUAUCAGCCUGUAGAUCUUAUCAGGAAAUACUUUGGGGAAAAGAUAGGCCUCUACUUUGCCUGGCUUGGCGUUUAUACUCAGCUGUUGGCCUUGGCGUCUGUUGUAGGCAUCAUUGUGUUCCUCUAUGGCUGUUUCACCAUCGACUCAAAUAUUCCUAGUCUGGAGAUGUGUGAUGAAAAACGGAACUUCACUAUGUGCCCUCUUUGUGACACUGCCUGUGAAUUUUGGCAACUGAGCACAGCGUGUGGCACUGCCCGAGCCAGCCACCUCUUCGACAACCCAGCCACGGUCUUCUUUGCCAUUUUCAUGUCCCUCUGGGCGGUAAUGUUUCUGGAACACUGGAAACGCAGGCAGAACAGUUUGAACUACAGCUGGAACAUGACAGGAAUGGAGGAAGAAGAGGAGCAUCCCAGACCUAAAUAUGAAACAUUACUUCUUGAAAAGAAACAGAAGAAGAGGAGAAACAGAAAGAAGAACAAAAGUGAGCCUGGAGAUGAGAAACUUACAUGGAAGGAUAGGUUGCCUGGCUAUUUUAUUAACGUCUCCUCUAUUUUACUAAUGUUUGGUGUAACUUUUGCUGCUGUGUUUGCGGUGAUUAUGUACCGCAUCACCGUCUCCGCCUCACUAGCCAAGAGUACAGACCCCCAGAUCAAAUCGAGUGUGCGGGUGACUGUCACAGCCACAGCGGUCAUCAUUAACCUAGUUGUCAUCCUUAUCCUGGAUGAGAUCUAUGGCUCUGUGGCUGGCUGGCUUACAGAGCUGGAGAUUCCAAAGACCGAGACCGGCUUUGAGGAGCGUCUCAUUCUGAAGGCCUUCCUCCUUAAGUUUAUGAAUGCUUACGCUCCCAUUUUCUAUGUAGCCUUCUUUAAAGGAAGGUUUGCAGGCCGACCAGGAGAUUACGUUUAUGUUUUCAACCGAUACCGCAUGGAAGAGUGUGCCCCUGGUGGUUGUCUUAUUGAGUUAUGUAUUCAGCUCAGCAUCAUCAUGUUGGGAAAACAGCUCAUUCAGAACAAUAUCUUUGAGAUUGGCAUCCCGAAGCUGAAGAAGCUGUUCCGCUCCCUAAAGGAAAAAAAGCGAGCUCCAGAAGUACAUGUGGAACAGACAAGUCGUAUUCUGCGCCAGUGGCAUUUGGACUACGACCUAGAGCCGUUUGAGGGUCUCACACCUGAGUACAUGGAAAUGAUCAUCCAGUUUGGCUUCGUCUCCCUCUUUGUGGCCUCUUUUCCUCUGGCUCCUCUUUUUGCUCUUUUAAACAACGUCAUUGAGAUCCGACUGGAUGCUAAGAAGUUUGCCACUGAGCUACGCAGACCAGAUGCCGUGAGAGCACAAGAUAUCGGAAUAUGGUACAACAUACUAAAUGGCAUGGGCAAGUUUUCAGUACUGAUCAAUGCUUUUGUCAUCUCCUUUACAUCAGACUUCAUCCCACGACUGGUUUAUCAGUACUUGUACAGUCCGACUAGCACCAUGGAUGGCUUCAUCGAUCAUACAUUAUCUUACUUCAAUGUCAGUGAUUUUAAAGGCACAGCACCUAUUGUCUCCGGUAUCACAGUUUGCCGGUAUAAGGAUUACAGGGAACCACCGUGGUCUUCAAAUGCCUACGAGUUCUCCAAACAGUACUGGUCAAUCCUAGCAGCUCGACUAGGAUUUGUAAUACUAUUUCAGAACCUGGUCAUGUUCUUAGGCCUCCUGGUGGCCUGGGUAAUCCCAGAUGUGCCUAAGAACAUCAGUGAGCAGAUUAAAAGGGAGAAGACGCUGCUUGUAGAUGUCUUCAUGAAGGAAGAGAAGGAGAAGCUUCAGCUCAUCCAUAGCCUUUUCUCAAAGGAACCAGGCCCGCUGCUGCUGCAGGAGCCCAGAAAGGACGUGCAGCCAGUGCCUGAACCCCAGGCUCCCUUGCCCAACUUUACACAGGCUGAUGAUACAAUAGCUGCUUCCCGUCCCCGUACCCGAGCACGUGCUGCUAGCUUUAGCCAAUUUACUCGCCAGGCCUCCAUGUCACCCCAUCAUGACGGGGGCACACAGACAGCAGUGUGAACAGCACAAGGAGGGGUUCAACGGCCAUGAGGUCUUCAGAGUGCCCAUACUCAGAAUGGAGAAAUAACAGAGAACGGAGGUUAGGGCUAAGCUUUCCACUGAGUUCCUGAGGUGAAUUAAAACCAACCAUACAGUGGUUCUCACCGGAGCUAAUGCAAGAGAUGUUAUUAUAUAUCUAUCUCUGUACUGUAUGUCUGAGCAUAUGUCCACAGGCGGUGUGUUUUGGUUGCUUUUAAGGCUGUGGUGUAUCCACACAGUCUGCAGAGGCGAUUUUAUCCUGCUCCUAAGCCAAGGCUUCCUAGGCCUGCUUGCCAUAGGACCUCAUCCCAUGCACAACGAAACUGGUUGAGAGCACAGACACUAGAACGAAAGACAUGGAAUCUCAUCCAUGGGGCCUCUCGCACAUUUCCCCCCAUCUGUUAUUAUGCUAUGGGGAAGAUAUUUUUUAAAAGGACUCAACAACAUUUUCAUCGGGUCCAUGCUUACUGAACAUUUUGUGAAACUGCACAAAUCCAAGCUGCUUUGCGAAUUUUAUGAAAUGUAGCGUAUCACAGCAAAUAAUUAUUCCCUUUCAUUUUCUCAGGUAACAGCAUCACUGUAGGCUUUAUUUGUUUAUCUGAAUAAUCUUACAUCUUUGUGUUUUUUAGGGACAAUGAAACUUUUUUUUGUUGAUAAGGGAUAAGGAAAAUGAACAACAUUAUUGCACAAAUUGUAUUGUACAAAAACAGUGCAUAAAACUUGAUGAGUGUCAAACUUGUUACAGGUCUUUUUCUUUAAAGGUGGCACUCUUCACAAAGUGAAUUGUUCAGUUUUCUCAUAAGUAAACUAUUAUAGAUUAUAAGACUGACUCUGAGGUAUGUGUUACCAGGUAAGGUUUUGUUUCUGGUUAGGGCCAGCGAAUAAGCCGUUUCACGUUUACAACUCGUUAUUUAUUAUUAUGGUUUUUAUUUAUUUAUCAACUUCUGUUGUAUGUAUAAGUUACAGUGUCUUUCUUGGAAAAGGCCAGUCAAUAGUUAUUAUCCACUGAGAAGUCAGAUACAUGAGCCAAGAUAAUGUCAACGAUAUGUAGUGCAUAUAUAGAUGGAACUAUGGAAUUAAAAUCUCAUUUUAUAUUAAAGUUUACAGAUCUAAUUUAUCUCAUAUGUAUCUACUUUCUAAGUUCUUACAGUGCAUGCGUAAUCUUCUUUUGAUGCAAGUCCGCAUCUUGGCACUUCUUCAAUGUUUAUGAAUUUUGUACAGUUUUCUGUCUUUCUGUAAAACCCAGGACUAUUCCCCCAAUAUCAUCAGCCAGGAACAGAUUAACACAUGGUAGGAGGCUGGAAAAAGAAGACCAACAUCUGGCUGUGACACUUUUUUUUCCCCUUAAAUGACUCAUUGGGCUUCUCUGUUGGCAGUGCCUUGUGUUCUGUUGCUUUAUGGACAGUGUCUGCACAACUGUAUUCUUGAGUGCAGAAUUUUAGCAGCAGAUGCCUAUGUUAGGGCGAGAGAUCAUUUUAAACUUUCAUCAAUUAUUUCUGAAGUUAAGUUUCAUAUCACCUCAUGCAGCAAUGUAAUUUAUUAUUAUUUUUUUAAUUUAUUAAUCAGUUUCCAUGGCUUUGAGAAAGAACUGUGUACGAGUGCCAUUCUGUGACCAGGCUGGUGGCUAAAGAAAUGAUCCCAUACAUACAUAAAAGAAUGACUUAUGUAUGAUUUGCUAGCUUUGAAGGCAUUAAAUAAACUGAAAUUGAACAU